AUGUAUUUACCGAGCUGCACCUUCCCGUCCAAGUCCGACUUUGGCUCCAUCCCGCCGCCGUUCCUCACGGAGCACAGCGGGGGGUCGGCUCGGUUCCGGGGCUGCUGCUUCCACGAGCCCGUGCAGCAGCAUCCUCCCCCGGGCAAGUGGAGCCUGUACCCGGGGGAACCGGUGUACCACCAGGGGCCGGAGAGCCUCUACAAAGCCGGUAAGGAGGUCUUCCUCAGCGGGGGGCCGCUGUACGGAGCCUCGGACCCGCGGCUCCACGCGUUCGACCCGCGGAACUUCCCCGGGAGAUACGCGUCCUUCCACCCGGACUCGCAGCUCCUCUUCCCGGCGCCGCGGAACGGAAUCCUGCUGCCGGGGUUCGACCAGUUCAUCGCGGAGGAGGCGGAGGGUCCGAGGACCGGGACCGCGGACCGGGAGAAGGAGACGAGUCGCACCGGGUGUACGAGCUGUGCCAGCGGAGAGAGCAGCGAUGUGAGGCCGGUGUCAGAGUCUCCUCUGCCGGGGAAGGAGGACGAGGAGGAGGCGCCCUCAUCCAGCGGCGCCGGAGGAGACUGCAGCCAUGACCGGACAGAGUCCUCUGGGAAGAGGAAGAAGCGCUGUCCUUACACCAAGCAGCAGAUCAGGGAGCUGGAGAGAGAGUUUCUCUACAACAUUUACAUCAACAAGGACAGACGCAUGCAGCUGUCCCGCCUUCUGUUCCUGACAGACCGACAGGUGAAAAUCUGGUUCCAGAACAGAAGAAUGAAAGAGAAGAAACUGAAAAGAGAGAGACUACAGUACUACACACAGUACCACCUGUUCUGA